AAUCCAGUACUCAGUGUACUCAAUGCAGCAGUGUUCUUUCGCCGUUCCGGUUUCACACGUGACUCAUGCGCGGCGUGAUUGUUACACUCCUGGGUUCUCCUUGAAGACACUGAACUCCUCCCUGCUGCACCUUUACAACAAAUACUAGAAACUGUACAUUGGUGUCCAAGCGUAUUUUGGUUGAAAGGUAAAGGUGUGGUCUGACAUACAGAACAUAGUAAUAUAUAUGCAAUGCAUUCCAAAUAAAUACUUCAUCCUUUCCUACAUUUUUCACGUUGUCUUCCAUAAAUCAGCACUUGUUUAAGAAUCAGCCAAGAAUAAUCUGUGAGUUUUAAAUAUGGCGGACUUAGAUAUUAAAAUAGAUAUCAUCUAUUUUAAUUUAUUUUUAAUACAGAAAUGUUAGACGUUACAUGUCUUAAUUUACUGCUGCAUUGAGUAAAGCACUACACAAACACAGUUGCUGCUCUAAUUACAGUUGGUUUCUGUUUUUACUUACCAUGGUUGUGUGACUUAAUUUAAAAUAGUUAUUGCAAAAUGUACGGUCGACUAAAAGUACACAGUGAGCUGUCUGCAGGAAAGUUCGUUUCACUUAGCUAUACAGUAUAGGCUUUCACUUUAGUAGAGAAAACACAGUCUUAUCCACACUGGUUUAAAUAUAUAUGCAUCAAAAACACACACCAAUAAAGCAAUAGUAGUAGUAGUACCUAUUGCAUCAUGGAUCAGCCCACAUACUGUGGUAAAGGGCACUGAAGCUGCCAUCAACACAGACCACACCUCAAAUUCCAUCACGAACGAGUGGCCCCACUUGGGCGAAGGUGAAUAUAUUCAAUGAAACAAAUGAUGACAUACUGUACUACUGACUUGGCUUUUGGUGAACAAUGACCUUGAUAAACACAGAAACCCUGUGACAUGACAACAAAGAUCAGUAGGUUGCAAAAUCUCAUUUAAAAAAAAGUUUUUUGGUAAUAAAUCACAAAUGCCUGUGCAACAGUGCAUGGCCGCUUAUCGUGUAAUUGAGAUAAAAUCUUAAAAAGAAUCACUGACUGUUGCUUUUUUAUAAUGUGAUUGUAUACAUAAGAUACUUGCUAAAGCUAACUGGAUAAAGAUACCAAAAGUAAUUCCUGCGCAAUACAGCGCACAUGCCUGACAUUACUGACUGGUUACUGCACACUGGUCAAACGUGAGUUGCACAAAAACUCAUUAUCAUUGUGACUGUGACAUAGUGCCUCACAUUAUGACAUACGUCUUUAUAUUUAUAGUUCAACCCUGACGAUAUUCCUAUUUGAGAACAAUUUUGCUAAAUGCUAAAAAUAAAUAUCUAUAUCUUGUCAAUAAAUAGACCAAAAUAGUGGCAUUUUGACUCAUAAGUAAAAUUAUUAGUAAAAUCAUGCCACGUAAGCAUGGUGCUCAAGGCUGCACUUGGAAAAUGAAUUAUAAAUUAAAAUAUAUCAUUAUUUAGCUGAGAUUAGCGUGGAGAUUAGUGUGAAGCAUUAGCAACUUCAGCUAACGUACAGCUGUUUGUCAAGGCUUUGUUUAAUAAGUGGCAGAGAUCUAGGUGAUGUAAUAAAAUAAAAUACAAAUAAAAACGACCUCAUACUGUAUGAAGAUAAAUAUUCCUGGAAUACUUGAACCUCGGACCGUUGACGUCACUGUGUGAUGUUUACCUCUUGUAUUUUUUUUUCCCAAAUUAAAAUUGGAGAUGUUACGUUUUUCUUGGUUUCAUCACUUUCAACUUUCUAGCAAAAGUUCACAAGAGUGGGUGUCCUGGGUGAGACACAUUAGUCAUGAACCAGACCCACCUACAGCACGAAACUAUGUGCAUGAAGCGCGUCAAAGUGUGUGCGAUGUUCCCUCCUCAGCUGCAUGUUUUGUUACAUUGCUGCAGGGCCUUAGUAACCGCAACGGCGGCUGCAGAGAGAGGGGGCGUGGCAAAAUGUUUAAAUAGUGGUGGAGCUGAAUGAAAGAGAUAUUUCUUAUCUGAGCUCUGCUACAGACUCACUCACCGACAAAUGGAAGACAUCGUCAUCCAAAAUGUUAACCUGGAACAGUCAGAGAACAUGCAGCGACACAGGACAGAUGGCUUCAGCAGCUCCAAGAGCCUGGUGGUGCGGAGAGGAGCCCCAUUCAAACUCAGCCUGCAGCUGGGGGGUCGAGAGUUUGACCCCAAGUCUGACUGUCUGAGGGUUAAAGUCAUGCUAGGACGCCUGUGCGUAAGAAUGGCCGUCACCUUCUCCAAAAGAGUUUCCUCCUCCAGAUGGACGGCCUACAUGGAGUCAAAGAACCUGGACCUCCAGAAUCCCUCCGUCUUCAUCUCUGCUCCGUCCUCUGCUCCGGUGGGAUGCUACAGGUUUCAGCUGCACGUCUACUCUCAGGGCGGCCGACGCAGGACCGCUCUGGGCAAAUUCCUCCUGCUCUGCAAUCCCUGGUGUGGCGAUGAUGACGUCUAUAUUCCAUUUGAGGACCAGAGGGAGGAAUACGUCGCCAACGACGCUGGUUUACUGUUCAUGGGAACGGCGGUCAACCUGGUGUCCAGGCCUUGGUCCUUCGAUCAGUAUGAGCCUGGCGUUCUGGAGUCCUGCAUGAGUCUGCUGCAGGUCAGCCCCAAACAUCAGACCAACCAGCGGCUGGACUAUCUGAAACGCAACGACCCCGUCUACAUCAGCAGGGUGGUGUCUGCCAUGAUCAACUGUGAGGACGACUGUGGCGUCCUGAAGGGAAACUGGUCGGGAGAUUUCAAAAACGGUGUCAGCCCCACAACGUGGACGGGAAGUGGGGACAUCCUGAAUCAGUGGGCCAAGUCUGGGUACAAACCAGUCAAAUAUGGGCAGUGCUGGGUGUUUGCUGCCGUCAUGUGUACAGUAAUGCGCGUUCUUGGCAUUCCUUGUCGUGUCGUCACCAACUUCAACUCGGCUCACGACACCAAUGGGAACCUGGUAAUUGAGGAAUACUACAGCGAGAAGGGGGAGAAGCUGAAGCUCAGCAAAGACAGCGUCUGGAACUUUCAUGUGUGGGUGGAAUGCUGGAUGGCUCGUAAGGAUUUAGGAUCAGGGAUGGACGGCUGGCAGGUUCUGGACCCCACCCCUCAGAACAGAAGUGGUGGUGUGUUCUGCUGCGGCCCUUCCCCGGUAAAAGCCAUUAAGAAGCGUUGCAUGGAAAUGUUCUAUGACAUUCCCUUUGUGUAUGCGGAGGUCAACGCUGACAUCCACAUGAUCAUCAUGAGCCAGGGCAGAGUGCUGAGCCUCAGCAAAGACACGGAGAAAGUCGGAUCUCUCAUCUGCACCAAGGCUAUCGGGUUCCCCAGGCUUGAGAACAUCACUGGAGACUACAAGUUGAUAAAAAGUCCAACGUCAACUCUCUCGUCCAGGACGUCUACCAUUUCAGACAGAUCAACGUCCAGAACAGAAAGUAGAUCUCAAGUGUUUGUUAUCCUGAGCCUGGACAAAGCUCCAGUCGCCGGAGAACCUGUGAGUUUCACGGUGAAACUCAUAAACAAGCAGAAAAUGAGGAAGGCGAUGAAGCUGCAUCUGAACGCUCAGGCUAAAGAAUACAACCACAGCCCUUCAGACACAUUCUGGGCCAAUAGUGACAUUGCACAGCUUGGACCUAUGGAAGUCAAAGUUAUGACCUAUCAGAUCCUCCCAGCUGAGUACGAAGAUGUGGUGGGAGACGACCUCAUCAACCUGGCAGCGGUCGUGGAGGACAUGUCCAGUCAUGAGCGGACCCUGGCCUCGGAGGAGUUCAACAUCGCCACGCCAAAAUUAACCAUCCAGGUCUUGGAUGAAAACUCUGUGAAGGUUAACGAAGAGCAAACAGCUAUAGUGAGCUUCAAAAACCCAUAUUCUCACUUGGUGGGUGGUGAGCUAAUUGUGGCGGGGGCUGGACUGAUCCAGGGCAAGAUUCUCUUCAGGCUGCUUCCGAUGCGUACAGGAGGAAAAGUGGAGCAUCGCAUCACUUUUACUCCAAACAUGGUGGGAACCAAGAUGCUGCAGGCCAGUCUGAAACUGUCCAACAUAAACUCCACCAUCAGAGGCUUCAAAAUGGUCAUUGUCGACAAAGAUUAGCUCCAAAUAAUAGCAGCUGUUGUCUUUUCAACAGUUGCUACAAGAACCACAAAAAAUAAUGUCAAACAAUACAUUCAUUUUUAUACUGUGACAUUGUGUUUUUUUCCCUUCAAUGUUUUACUUUAUUACCUUAAAAAAAAUUCAACUGGCAGCAUUUACUGCUACAUAUUAGUGCUAAGGUCCCGCUUUAUUUAUUAUGUGUUUUAUGCGUGAAUGUAUAUUAUCCUUUUCUAUUAAUAUUUAUUUUCAUAUAUAUAUAUAUAUAAUAAAACGUUUACACAUUGUAAGUGUGCAUUUUACUUUACUAUUGUUGCAGUUUCGUACAUGACCACAAGAGGUAGAUAUUUACAUUUGGCAUAACAGCAGGAACGUGCAAAAGAAAUAUAUAAAAGAUAUAUAAUAUAAAUACUAAUAAUAAUGUUUCUAAAAGAGAACAAUACGGUACAGUAGUAUUUUAAAAGCAUUUUUACUCGAAGUUAUUUCAAUAAUUAUGCGUAUUUUAGCUACCGUCAUCGAUAUGCACCUGUCAGGGAAAACGGAAGAAGAUAGCAACUAGCCGAGCCUCACUUCCGAAUGCCCGCUGCUGUUGCAUGUAAGUUACUGUGUUUCUGUCAUACAAACAGACGUAUUUAGACAAUAAAAUGUUUAGAACAACUUUUGUUAUAUAACAACUUUGUAGAAGUGUAUUUGUCAUUGACCCACACACUUGUACCCUGACUGUGUGGACAGAACAGUGAUGAGAUGUUUAGCAUAACUAUUAGUUAGCAUACACGCCCCCAUUGUAAAUAAGGAAUUUGGCAAAGGAGAAAUUUUCCUCUUUUUUUUUAUCUGACUUAAAGUCACUGACGUUGUAUAAUAUGAAAUGAAACCCAACUCCUGUUUCCCCACAAUGUAAUUAAUUUAUUUGUAUUAAUCUAUUUUCAUUUGCAAAACAAAUCAACAUUAGUGCUUUAUAUACAAAUCAGAGCAAAGCUGAGAGACAGUGUUAUCGUCACAUGCACAGCCAUACCAAUACAUCUAUAUUACAAAAAGGUUAUUCAUAGGGAUUUUAUAGCAGAAA